UCCAACAAUACGGCGCCAGCUCUGGCAGCUCUAUAAACCCUAGCAACAAGAAGUUAAUUUUUAUAAUAAGUUUUAUACAAAAGUUUAAACUUUCAACUGUAUCUUUCAAGGGAGGUUACUUGACGCUGAAAGUGAGGAUGGGCCGAGGAACAGGAAGGCGGAGAAUAGUGAAAAAAGAUGACAUAGGGAACACCAAGAUAGCAGUAAUACCAAAUCUAGAACCUCGUAAAACUAGGAGCCAAUCUCUCAAGGAAAACCAAGAAGCUGGGAUACAUCUUCCAACUGCACCACAAGAAGAUGAAAACAAUUUCCCAUCUAAUUAUGUGGAUGUAACACUGAGGAGGUCACUGUCAAGGGCAGGUUCAGACGAUUCUGCAUUUUCAUCGCGCAGCUCGGUGUGGUCUCGGUGCAGUAAUGUUUCCCUUGUCAACAUAAUGUCCCAUGGUGUAGUAACAAGGAGACUAACACAAACCCUUGACCCUGUAGAUGAGGAAAGAGUUAUAAAACCAAAGGUUGAUAUAAAUUCUGACACUAUUAAUUGGGUAAAUAGCUUCUCGCCGGCAAGAGGCCAAGCUGCUGUUCCACUUUUGCGGACUCGGGCUGUUGCCAAUGGUCACUUGACAAAACGAACAAUGAGCAAUAUCACAGAAGGCUGUAACUCAGAUAGUGGUUAUAAUUCUCAGGUGUUAGAUGAAAAGUUUUCAACCAGUGUCUUUCAAUCUGAGGCUGUGGUUCACAUUUAUAUUUUUAUAUUCAAGGUACUAAUGUUGUCAACCGAGCACCAUUUAAGAUUAGCAUCAAAGAAUUUUAGCAGUCAUCCCAUGGAGGUGCAUCCAUUAGUGUUACAAGUAGGAUCCUCAUUCAUUCUGGGUAUACUAUGUGAUGUGAUCUCACCGAAGCUUGCUCUGUUAGUGCCUCAGGCCAUCUGGUUACUAAUAAGCUUACUAGUUUACUUUACCUAUUGUAAAGUUCCUGUUCAACUUGUUCCUUAUUUGAGAUUAACAAACCAAGGCUUAAUAGGAUCUCAGCUUCUUGCAGUACAUUUGAGAUUCCGAUGCAGUCAUGCAGGCGUUUUAGCAAGAGUCGGUCUUAGUUAUGGCUUGGCUGCCAUUGUGUCUCCUUCCAUCACAUCAAUGACAAGUAAAUUGCUUGGGAGUUUCAUUAACUAUCAGCUAGUUACCCUAGUGAGUCUCCUGAGUAUGAUGGCAGUCCUUAGGCUCUUAGGCAGUAACUCUUUAGAGUUUUCCAGAAUACUCCCUCCAGUUGCAGACAGUUAUGCACCAGCCAAAUUUCUUAUUUGUGUAGUCAUGAAGUCUGCCCUAACCAUCCCAGUGUCACUUGUCCUUCCCUGGUUGCAAGGUUUACUGAAUGACGGGAGCAGCAUUACAGGCAUUGGUCUCCCAGUACUGGUGACAUUUGGGAUACUGUUAACUCAGGCUGUGAUGGUACCCUUACUUUUGUUGUGCACCAAAUCUUCUACAGCAACUUGUGCUAUGGCUUCCCUGCUUACACUUCUUUAUUUAGCAAUGGUGAUGUCAGAAGAAUCUGGAGCACUUAUGCUUGCGAUUCCUAUAUGUGGCCUGGUGGCAGUGACUGUGAACUUGGUACUUGCUCAUCUCCUCACCACAUUUCCACAUUUUCCAGGUGUCAUACUGGCCCUCAAUCUCACCCUACAUAUUCUCAUCCGAUAUUUUACUCCACAUUUUGCUGGAAACAUGACCUCACUGUGUGAUGUUGAGGGGAAAACACACCUAAUUUCCAUUGGUUUUCCUCAGUGGUUUAGGGAUUCCAUUAAAGAUACUUUCAUAAAUGAACCCUUCUUGCUUUUGCCCACUUCGCUAGAUAUUUUUUCAUGUCAUAAAGUGCAUUUAAGUGUCAUGGCCAUGAUGGGUUGUGCAUGUUCCAUAUUGCUAUUAAUAUUAGCAAGAGUCAUGUAGUGAAUGCUGCAUACUUGCCCAUAAAUCAGAAAUUUGGGAGAAAGUAAUUUAUUUAAGAUAGGAAUUAGUGUUAGGGAAAGUAUUACUCUAUAUAAAUUUUUGUAGACAACUUCAUGAAACUGAUAAAUGUUUAUUUUCUUACGAGUGUUUUUUAACGAUUUAGCAAAACAAUUGUUAUAAAAGUAGUUCAUCAUAUUUUUUUUAUUAUUAUUAUUAUUAUUAACACAUCAGCCGAUUCCCACCAAGGCAGGGUGGCCUGAAAAAGAAACUUUCAUCAUUCACUCCAUCACUGUCUUGCCAGAGGGAUGCUUUACACUACAGUUAUAAAAUUGCAACAUUAACACUCCUUCAGAGUGCAGACACUGUACUUCCCAUCUCCAGGACUCAAGUCCGGCCUGCUGGUUUCCCUGAAUCCUUUUCAUGUUACUUUGCUCACAAUCCAAUAGCACGUCAAGUAUUAAAAACCAUUUGUCUCCAUUCCCUCCUAUCAAAUAUGCUCAUGCAUGCUUGCUGGAAGUCCAACCCCCUCACAUACAAAACCUCCUUUACCCCCUCCAACCCUUCCUAGGCCAACCCCUACUCUGCCUUCCCUCCACUACAGAUUUAUACACUCUCGAAGUCAUUCUAUUUUGUUCCAUUCUCUCUACAUGUCUGAACCACCUUUUUGGUUUGCACAAUAUUAGCAAAGUAGAAGCAGGGGAAAAAAACACUCAAACGAGUGCAGGCUGUCAGCAUGAGUUUUAUUUUUAAUUGCAAAAUACUAGACGCUUUUGGCAAGUGUAAUGAAAUGCACUGACUAGGCCUAAAUUGUCUUUUUAGCCAUCUCUUUCCAAGGUAGGGUGACCCAAAAAAGUAAGCAUUUAUCAUUCAGCAGUCAUUUUGGGUAAAUGCUAUGAAAUACCAAGACAAUGUUAAGGGGGACAAAUGCAGUUAAGAUAUGUGCAACACUUGGGUACCUUUAUUACCAAAACAGUGCACAACAGGCUUCUUCAGUCAAAUUCAGGCUAAUAUAACACCCUGAGACAGUAGUAAUAGUAGUUUUAUAAGUGAUGUCUUUCAAUCACAGUAGGAGUGCUGAAUCCUCCAGCCUAGAGCAGAAGCAUAUGUUCACACUCUUGUACUGUAGAUAAAUUAAGGUGAAGCUGCUGGAGGUGACAUUGAAGGUUGAGUGUGGCCUACUAGAGGAAGUAACUCAUACUAAGCAAUAGUUUAGCAAAUGAAUUGCAGAAGACUUCCUCUGUACCAAGACACCAUAGUGUUACUGUGUCAGACAAAUAUUAUAUUAUUGAUGGUAUACUAUAACAUAUUGGCUGCACAACUCUUGCUCGAGGGAUUAACCAUUCUUGCCAAAGCUGUGGGACUGAUCACCUCAGAACUACUUAUACUGUCUCCAGUGUUGUUAGCACCUGUAUUCAACCAAAGAAGCCUGUUGUGCAGGCAGAGCAUUGCAGCAACAAAGAUACCCAAAUGUUGCACAUGUCUUAUCAGCCUGUCAGUAUUGUCUACCAUCAAAUGCAGUUAUAGAUAAACUAUAUUGACACUUUUGCCUGUAGCUGAAUCAACACCCUGUAAUUCUAUUAAUUAAAAUUUGACUGGCUACUUCAACCCCCGGCAUUCUAAGGAACCAGACACUGGACCAUGUUUAAGGAACGAUAAAUCAGGACUUGAGUCCUGGAGAUGGGAAGUACAGUGCCUGCACUCUGAAGGAGGGUGUUAAUGUUGCAGUUUAACUGUAGUGUAAAGCACCCUUCUGGCAAGACAGUGAUGGAGUGAAUGAUGGUGAAAGUUUUUCUUUUUUGGGCCACCCUGCCUUGGUGGGAAUUGGCCAGUGUGAUAAUAAUAAUAAAAAAAUCAAGCUUCUAUCAUACCUUAUGCUGAAUGACACACUGAGGUUUAGCACUUAACUAAUAAUUUAAUGCGUAAAUGAGAUCUGCCCUGACUUUGCCUUAUUAAAAGUUGUCAAUAACCCUCAGUCUAUUACUUGGAGGUUGUGCUGCCAACAAGAAAGAAGACAAAGACAUAUCAUAUUAGCCCUUAUCAGACAAUGUUAAACUCCAAAGUGAACUUUUUCAUGUCAUGAAAGAUAUUAUCCAAGUCUUUUUCUGCUACAUAUAUCUGUCUUCAUUUGUGAUAACAUGUUCUUACAGGAGUAGAGCUGUAUUUGUAAUAUACCAUUUUGUGUUUGGUUUGUCAUAUAAUUUUUAUAAAAGUUUUCAUUUUUUUUUUAAUAUGUGCAAUACUACAUACCUCUUAUCUCUUGAAAAGCUGAUCACUAUUUGUGAAGGAAUACUACCUAGCAUCUUUUAGCACCUUAUUUAUUUAUUAGUUUCCUGUUGAAUUCUUUUGUUCUCCAUUGAGGGUGAUAAAAAACAUAUGCUACAAAUACUGGAUCAACCAGGUUGUGGUGGCUAUGUGGGCCUAUGGACCACAUAGUCGCACAACCUAGUUGACCAGGUUAUCAACAGGGAAUCCCUCUAAACUGGUCACAGGUAUGUCACAGGUAUUAUUUUAGGAUUUUAUAUAUGUUAUCUUUUCUACUCUUUUCUAAAUUUAUAGACAUUUUUGUUAAUGUCUCAGAGAUCUAACUUAUAUUGUCACAUUACAUUUUUCAUACUUCACUGAAUUCUUGAUCAAGUGACAUCUCAGUCCUCCACUAUCAUAUUGACCUCCACUUAUAUGUGGAUCUGACUCGCACCUAUUUUCAUCUCGUCCAAGGAAUAUAUAUAUAUAUGCUGAAUGCAUCCUUUGUACUUGAAAAGGCUCUAGAGCAAAAUCUUGUCCAAAUAAACACUUGUUCUUUGUA